AUUUGGCCGCUAUUAGAAGAUUGCUAGAUCUUGGUCAAAAUGCAGAAAAUUGUCCAAGUUGUAAUAUGCCAUUUGACAAAGGCAAGAAGAGAAGACUAAUCGAUAAUUGCGGACACGAACGCUGCUAUUCCUGCAUGUUUACAAAUGAAGUGUGUCCGUUGUGUACAAUUGAAGUGACAGAUACCGUUGGCCCUUACCAGAAAGACAUAAUGGGUUGUCCAGGAUUAAGAGGAUCAGAAAUCACGUUGUAUGCAGACACUGUCUCUUGUGUGGAAUUUGACCAAAAUUCUGAUCGAGUGCAACCAAGAACGAAAGUAAAGACGAAUGGUCACUUCACAACGUACAUGCAAAGUCGCAACGAUUUAACAUCCAGCGCCGAAUUAGGACAUCCUGAAAAAUUACCCAAAGUGCGACCAUCUAAUCCUAGGAAUCGCGUAGAUAAUGGUAUAAUGACUCAGAGUUGUCCUACUCCACCACAAGCACGCCGAAAAUUUCUAUUGAGUCCGAAAGCGCUGCGAAGUCCAUUCGCUCAACGAGCAAUCCGACAGAGUGGUGGAGAUACGACUCUCUCAGCUUCCAUGAGCUCUUCUGCAACUUCUACUGAAAAUCGUCAUUGGCCAAGUGUAAUAUUAGGAAAAAUUCGGUCCUUAUGGUCCGCUGGCAGCUCGACGGCAAACAUGGGACUCAAUCAACUAGUUUCAGAUGAUGAAGGAGGAACAAUAAAACCGAUUGCUGUAAAAAAAUCCACCGAAAAUGACAUGUACAUGCGACUUGGUUUACUUUUGGGAGAAGAAGCGCGUCGACCCAGAAGGCCACCCACAAGAAAUUCCCACGAAUCUUGUACUUCCUUAGUAAGCUACGACAAUGCUACAAUGAUUUCUUCUAACACUAGUCCAGUUUCGACAUUAACUGGAAGUUCAGAAGACCAACAUAGAACUAACCCAAAUUCAGAUAGUGUGGGUUCAUUAAUGUCAAUGUCUAUGUCCGGUCAUAGUAAUGGCAGUGCCAGUCCGAUCAGUAGAAGGCAUAGCGUAACAAAUUCCCAGUCUGGCAACCACUGUGAUGACACAGGCUUAUUUCCUCCAAGGAAAACCUGUAUAAGGCGCUCAGCCCGAACGGGAAACAUAAAGGGUCCUAUUGAUCCCAGGAUACGCUUUGCCCAGUAUCGAGCUCCUCAACUUACCUUGAAACCUCUGUUCUUCGAAGUUCCUCUACAGGAGCCAGAUCCUUUGUUCUUGGGGCGGCACUGGCUUUUGAAAGAAGUUGAAGAUAUUGUUGGCUCUUCUAGUCCAGGUGUGCUAUUAACAGGCAAUCCAGGUACUGGGAAGACGGCCCUGAUUCUUCAACUGGUAGAAUACAGCUGUUUUGGUAGAAGAAAAGAACCUUCCUACCAAAAAUCACAAACUCUUCAGUCACCUGAUCGUCCGCUUAGCCCUCAAAGUAUUUAUUACCAAAUUGAUCUCGUUUCGGAAAGAAUAAAGCAAAUAUCUUCAAAGGUGGUGGGAUACCACUUUUGUCAAGCCGAUAAUAACAAUACUUGCUUAGUACCUGAUUUUAUACAUUCUCUAGCAGCACAAUUAUGCCAGUCCCCUCAGCUAAGUGCUUAUAGGGAUUACCUGUUGACUGAGCCGCACCUUCAAGGUGUGGUUUCCUUAAAAGAGUGCAUAGCAAAUCCAGAUUUGGCACUUAAUCGAGGAAUCCUAGAACCCCUAGCUAGUUUAAAACGAAUUGGAAAGAUCGAUGGUCAAAAUCAUGUUAUUUUAAUUGAUGCUUUGUGUGAUGCCGAAUAUCAUAGACCCGACCACGGAGACACAAUUACGUCCUUCUUGAUUAAACACAUACCCAGCUUUCCAUCAUGGUUGAAAGUUUUAGCAACUGUUCGAACACAACUGCAAGAUAUCACAAAGCAGUUACCGUUUACUCGAAUAAGUUUAGAUAAAGGAAACGACAAUGUCCAAAAAGAUUUGUUAGACUACAUUAACUUCAGAUUACAAAACAGUCCCAGUAUUCAAACAAAUAUAACGUUAACAACUCCCGGAAAACUAGAAAGUGGAAAUAUUGCUCAACAUAAAUUUGCUCAGCAUUUAUUACAUUUAAGUCAGGGAUCAUUUUUAUUUGCAAAACUUACACUGGAUUUAUUAGAAAGAGGUCACUUAGUUGCUAAAUCUUCCGGUUACAAAGUGCUUCCCGUAAAUUUAGCACAAAUUUAUUCCUUGCAUUUUAAUUUAAGAUUUCCUACAUUACGAUCCUUUGAUAAAGUGACUCACAUUUUGAGUGUCUGUUUAGCAGCACUCUAUCCCCUUACACUUGUAGAAAUUUAUUACUCUGUCAAUUCCUUAUUAGUAGAUAGGUUUUUGCCGUGGGAGGAAUUUCUUCAAAGGUUUAAAUUAUUAUCUGGCUUUCUUGUGAAGCGCUUAGACAACACAUACAUGUUUUUCCAUCCGUCCUUUAGAGAGUGGCUGAUAAGGCGUGAUGACGCUGAGAGUACCAAGUUUUUGUGUGAUUUACGAUCUGGGCACUCUGGAAUCGCCUUUCGACUUUCUCGAGUACAGGUCCCACUGGACCCAGAAAAGUCGUUAGAAUUAGGACAUCAUAUACUGAAGGCUCACGUCUAUAGAAAUAUGUCAUUUCAAGCGAUCUCAUCAAGAGAGCUUCAAGCCCAUUGGGUUGCAGAAAGCUGUGAAAAUGUGUCUGCGGCAAUUUGUAACCUGCGAAAUAUAUAUAGUCCAAAUGUUAAAGUUUCAAGAUUGUUUUUAUUGGCCGGUGCGUCGCCAAAUUUUAUCACAAAUUAUUUGGGAAAUGCGCCAAUUUUGUGUAUAUACGCUUGUGAGGGAAUAGUUCCUAUGGUGUCUCUACUGUUGGAGUUUGGAGCCGAUGUGGAAUUGAGCAAUAGUCAAGGUUCCACUGCUUUAUCGUUGGCUUCAGCAAAAGGCCAUUGUGAUGUCGUUAGGCAAUUGAUAGCAGCUGGUGCUAGUCCAGGACAUACUGACACUGCAGGUCAAUGUGCCUUAGUUCACGCUGCUAGAAAUGGGUUUUUAAACGUAGUCGGCUACCUUUUGGCGUGUGAUUGGAUUGGAACGAACGCAGAACACGUAGAACUGUCAGAAGCAGCUCAACAGGCGUUGAUAGCGGCGGCUGCGCAAGGUCACAUAGAUAUACUUGAAUAUUUAUUGGAUAUGGCAGAAGUGAAUGUUGACGCUGUAGACAGUUUAACUGGUGAAACCGCUUUAACGAUAGCAGCAACAAAUGGAUGUCACAAUAUUUGCACCGCAUUAAUCAAUCGGGGGGCAAAUAUAUCUGUUACCAAUCGAAAAGAAAUGACUCCACUCUUAUUGUCUGUCAAAGAAGGACAUUGGGCCAUAGCUGAAAAGCUUAUACAAAACCAUGCAUCAAUAGAACAAUGCGACUCCAUUGGACGCACACCACUGAUGUUGGCGGCUUCUGAAUGUCAUGUUGGUCUCAUUGAAUUGCUAUUAGAUAAAGGAGCAACAUUAGAAAAACAAGAUAAGGAAGGCUUAACAGCUAUAGGUUGGUCGUGCUUGAGGGGUAAACUACAAGCAGUUCAAAGCUUACUAGACAGGAAUGCCAAUUUAAAUCAUUGUGAUAAGACAGGUCGAACGCCUUUAGAUUUGGCAGCUUUUCAGGGGAACCCCUCCAUUGUGCAAACAUUGCUAGAGCGUGGUGCAUUGAUAGAGCAUGUCGACAUUAAUGGAAUGCGACCACUCGAUCGCGCCAUAGGAUGUCGAAAUAUUCAAGUUGUACAGUGUUUCCUGAAGAAAGGAGCAAAAUUGGGCCCAGCAACAUGGGCCAUGGCAGCAGGCAAACCAGAAAUAAUGCUUAUACUUCUAAAUAAACUAUUAGAGGACGGCAAUGUUUUAUAUCGCAAAAGUCGAUUAAGAGAGGCAGCUCAUAGAUACCAGUAUGCUUUAAAGAAGUUUCCAAAUGAUGAUCAAAUUGAAAGUAAUACAGCUUUUUAUCAAUUACGAAUAAAUUUUUUACUUAAUCAAUCCAGAUGUAAGCGAAAAAUGAAUGAAAUCGAGGAAGCGAUGGAACUUGCCAAUCAAGUGCUAAGGAUGAAACCAGAAUCCUAUGAAGCCUAUUAUGCUCGAUCCAAAGCAAAAUUGGAUUCAAAACUGUAUGAAUCUGCAUUAGCUGACGUAAAGGAAGCUUUAAGGCUAACACCGACACAGAAUUCUGAAGUUAAAAAGGUGUUAUGCUAUCUAAAAGAUGAAAUUAGUAGCAGAAUAAGUACAUCUGGACGAAUGUCAAAUUAUUGUCGAGAUUUUGCUGUAUCAGUAGAUACUCUUCAUGAGUGAUAUGUAUUACUUCAAUUGUAGUAUAAAAACUAUCAAUGCAAACUAUGUGCCUUUUAUAGACUGAUUUGUUUUCAAAAGUAAACUAUUUUGUGAAUAUAGGUAGUUGUAUAUAUAUGAUAAACAUAAUUUAUUUCGAUGUUUCUUUUUUAAAUUUAUUUUUACAUUCCCUUGGAUUUAUUAUCCAACUCCACUAUUUUGUUCGUAAUUUAGUUACUUUAGUUACAUACUACACUGAUACAGAUUAUUUUUAUUAUAGCGCAAAAAACAGAUUUAAAGUUGCACGAAUAAAAUGUAAUAGAUUGGCUUAUAACUUCAUAAACGUCCCAGGGUUAAAUUUUUGUGCAAUUUUAUUAUUUUUGGUUAUAAAACUAUUUCCAAUUAUGAUUAAUGCAAGUGUAUCACAAUUUAUAUUGUUUUCAUGUGAAUGAGUGUUUGCCAAAAUUUAAUAAGAUUGAAGUAUUAAGUAUAUUCAAAUUAUUUAUCAUUCUAAAUUAUUCCGUUUUGCUUACAGUAUUGUUAUUAUUUAUUUGUUUUUAACAGUGUAACUGUUAUAUAUUGUGUGUAUUUAUUA